CCAGCUACAGCAUUGUGUCUUCUUGGCGAAGAGAGUGAGUGAAGGAAGGGAUAGACGGGACAGUGAAAGAGAGAGUGGUGAAAGUAACAUAUGGACAGGAGUGGCAGGCAGAGAACAUCUCCACGUUUUGAGUGUGCCUUCGUUCAAAGGACCAACUUCACAACGAUGAACAAAUUGGAUGGUCUAAUUCUGACUUCAUCUCUUUGUGAACAUCUGGGACUUUAAUCAUUUUUUUAUUUUUGAUUAAAGAUUUUUAAAGAGAUUGACAUGGGUAUGAGGAGUGUUUUGACAGGUGUCUGACAGUUCUGACAUCAGAGAUUGACAGACAGACACUCACAGACUGCAGUGGAGUGUGAGCGACCUGAAGGAGGAGGAGGAGGAGGAGGAAGAAGAGGAGGAGGGCGUUCAACACUGAGGAGAUACAACAUGUGCGUUUGCAGAUCACUUGAACUCUUUUGCAUGACUGACAGACGAGCCACACUGGAUAUCACAAUGUAUCUACUCUUUGAUAUCAAUCCAAUCUUCGGGGGUCUGGAACGUUUUGAAUGCUGAAAAGGAUUUUGACUCACAUCCUCAAAAUACACGUAGACAGACAACUAGACGGACAGACUCAUUAAGAGCAGCCACUGGAGACUCAUUCAAAACCUAGAAUCUGCUGCUCAGGAUGUACUGUGAGAAAAACCCAGACCACAACACCCACCCCGGCUCCAAGUCGCGCCCAGAGACAACACCACAGAAGUAGCCCUCCGUUGAAGACUGCAAGGACUGAAACAUUUGUUUCCCUGGCACCCUCUGUAAUGUUAAAAGGAGGGAAUGAAUACAGGCUCACGUUUACUCACACUCUAGAUACAGCCAGCAGAGGCGGGAAUGAUGGGGGGAUCAGAGGGCAGCUGUAGCUUUAUGCGAAGCACAUAUAGUCUGGACUGACAGGUAGAUGAUUCACAUACUGACCCUGGCCAUGAUAAGAAAAACUGAUGGAUUUCAGGUUGGCCAGAGGAAAAUCUACAUUUCUAGAGAGGUAGAGCAGCAACGCAUUGCAUAAUCUGCAGGAAAGUGGAACAAAGGACAAGGAAAUAAAGGGUUUAAAGGAAGAAACACACACACACACACACACACACACGCACACACACUUGGUUAGAAGAGGUUUAAAGGUCCCUUUAGGACAAGCUGCAGGUGGUACAGGAGCAUGGUAGUUACUCUUACACAUAUAUAAAGACACACUGACACACGCCCACAGCACACACGCUGGGCAGCUAGGAGGAACAGGAGUUUGGCACUAUGAUGGAGAAGCUGAACCCCGACGGUCCACCUGCCUCACCCCCAGAUCUACCUCGCCCUUCCUCCUCCUCCUCUUCCUCCGCCUCCUCCCCAUCCUGUGCCCCUGUGGAGCAGCACAGUCCCCUCCAGAACAAAACUUUAGCGUCCUCGGAUGCUAUCAGCAGCCCACAUCCACCUAAUAAGACAGGGCACAAGGGACACACGGAUGUCCCCUCUGCUGGCUCGAUUCAGUCCUCCAUUGCCACGACGACAGUGUUAACCAGUCACAACUCAGAUAAAGCUGCUGCACCUGAGCCCAUUGUCAUGGAGACGGAGGAGGAGGAGGUGGAGGAGAAGCGAGGAGGACCGAAGAGCACCACAGCUUGUGCUGCCUCUGCCAACGGGUCCCCAACUCUUUCCUCUCCACCUCCACUCCUCCCGGCACCAGCCAAGACCUCCCCGUGUCCUCUACCACCUCCAGCCUCCACUGCAACCUUCCCUUCAUCUUCAUCACCCUCUCCUCUUCCUCCACACAUUCCAGUCAUCAGUCUUGGUCACAGCAAACCCCCUCUCCCACUCCCUAAUACUCCUUUAACUGCCCUCCACCCAAUCCCCAACCUCCUACACGGGCCACACGGGGACCUUCGCCGCAGUCAGCUGGCUGGUUUGCCUGUGGCGAGCCCUGGAACUUCUGGGGGCCCUUCAGCUCCAUCCCCAGGGCCGCUGUUGCCUCAGCAGUACCUGUCUGCACACCCCUUUUUCACCAGUUCCUACCUGGGUCCCUCAGGAGGGAACUAUGGUGUCAUCAACAACAGCCGCAUCAAGAGAAGACCCUCGUCACACUUUGAGGUGGAGAUCAAUGACUGCCCUACACACUCAGACAGUGAUUAUAUGUGUCUAACAGGCCCUCCUCAAAAACUCGCUCGCCGUGUCUUCACCAACAGCCGCGAGCGCUGGCGGCAGCAGAACGUGAAUGGGGCGUUCUCUGAGCUGAGGAAACUCAUUCCCACACACCCACCCGACAAGAAGCUCAGCAAGAAUGAAAUCCUCCGUCUGGCUGUGAAAUACAUCAACUUCUUGGUCACUCUGCUCAAUGACCAGGCACAGGACAAGAGCAGGGACUCGACUGAGGAUGAGGACGAGAGCACCGCAGCUGAAUUGGACAGAAAUAAACGGAACCUUCUUUUUCAGUGCAACACCCCUCCUCUGUCCCACGCCGCCCCACCAUCCUCAGCCCACCCUGCGACGCUCCACAGAGACAGAGACUCAACUGACUCAGUCAUUGCUCUGGCUAACUCCCCAGCAACAUCCAGUUGCUAUGGUGACACGGACAGUGAGGAAAGCUUUGGGGCUAAGACCUCUUUGGUGACCCAUGGCAUUCUGGGAAAGGUCAAGGGUCAGAUAAGGAUGGUGGCAGCAACAAAUGAUGAGCGGUGACACCAAAAGACAGCAAACAAAGAGGUGUGCAGCCACUGGGAGUUUAAAUGUCACACUGACAGACAGGACACACAAUCGCCGCCAGAUACGGAGCUGGUGUGAUUCUCUCUACAGCUCCAAAGUAGUGAAAUAAGUAAGAUUUUUGGGAAACGUUUGCGGUUUUAACUGUCUCUAUGUCUUUUCCAGUGAUGUGCAAACAUUUGAGUUUGAUGCUCUGUGUUUUAGGAAAAUACUGAACUGUGCUGUGGGGCAAGUUGAGGCAUGAAACAUCACAGAACAUUUUGAACAGACUCAAACAUGUUUUAUAUCUAAUUAAGGUCUAACCUCACUAUCAAACAAUGUGGAUUCACAACAUGAUCCUGGAAAUUGAGGAGUGUUUGUUUUGACUUUUUUUAGUGUUAAUAACAAAAAUUCAACAAUGUUUUCCAACCUGAUCUCACAGAAAUGUGUGCAAUGACCACGACCUCUUAACACCAUAUUAAGUAGUUGUGACAUGAAAUGUGUUACAAUUAUGUGCUAGAGCGGUCACAGUUUUGAAUACGUGGUUGACUUGUGAAACUGUUGCAGUUUUGUAAGGUCUAGGAACCAAAACUACUCAGGUAGGUUUAGGGAAAACCAAGCAAAUAUGCACUAGCUGCGACCCCGUCCUCGCAUGCAUCUGCCCCUUUUUGUCAAACGGCAUAAACAGUUAAUCAGCUUUCAUUUGGCUAAUUAUAACCAAUCUAUCCACAAAUUCUAAGGCAAAUAUCUGAAUUUGUUUGGAGGUUAGGGACCUUUUUGCAAUGGGCCACUCCCCCAACCCCCCAGAGAAAAACCUGUGGCUGUGAAAGGGUGGAUCAACCGACUGACCAACCAUCCAACCAACAGAGCGAGCUGCUGGUUGCAGAUAAAAGAAAAACUUGGCGAGGUUUACAAAAAGUUAGUGUUUUCAGUGAAAAUAAAUCCUACUUACACAAUACGUAAAGUUAACAUAAGCCAAUGCUAAUUUUGGUUUUAAAAAAUAACAAAAACAGCAGUCUCCUGAGGGACAGUCCUGUAUUUGGUUGACCCACCCACCACACCAACCACUUCACUACAUGGAUGUUGUUGCUCUUCAUGUUACCUAUGGGGUCAUAACAUAAACCACCACCCACUGCGUAAUGGGAAUUUGUGUGUCCAACACGCAAUGGAUUCUUAUUGACUUUCCAUUGGCACUGUUUAAAAUUAAAUUUAACACAUGGGUCACCAUUAUGGUGGCACAUGUGCCACCAAUGGGGUAUUAAGAGGUCGUGGUCAUUUCAAGUAUUUCUGAGAGACCAGGCUGAUUUUUUCUCAAUCAAGAAAUUCAGGAUCCUAAAUUCCCCCUUUGUGGGUCCAUAGAAAUGAUACAUCUCUCAAAGAUGGUGAAAAAGCAGAUUUUCUGUUCCAGUCUAAAUACAGCCUCAGAAAUGUACAUGUAUAUAAUCAGCACUGCCCCAGUACAAUUAUGGUAAUUUAAAGGUGCAGUCUGUGAUUCUAAUCCAACAAAAUUUGUUAAAUGCAGCAAAUAUCUCUUCACGGUCAGCUAGCUGUCUGCUCUGUGUGUGCACUGACAAAAAAAUUUUGUGUUCAUACACAGGCUCAAUUGAAAUUGGAAACACAGACUCGGUCAGACUGAGCCACAUGACACUAUUGUGCCGUGCUCGUGCACAGGAGAGGGAAAAGGCCAUGGUUGCAUAAAGAGAAAGGCAGUGGGACUGAGAGGGACGGUACACAGAGCUUCCGAAGGAGCACUGACAGGAGGGGUAAAUGUGUUUGGGAGUUGGGCUCAAAUACCAGCAAUCUGUCUCCAGAAUUGCAGACUCCACCUUUAAGAGUGCCAUAUUCUCUGUUGUGCCUGCAGAGAAGUGCAUGUAAUGCAUUCAUGAAUCGAAGUUGCAGUUUUUGAUGUUCCUGCUGUUCUUACUGUCAGAGAAGCAGGGCCAAUGGUCCCACCCUGACAUUGUGACACACUUGUACCAGACAGAAAUAAAGUGUGUUUUAGUUUGCUGUUCCUUAUUUGACAUCCUCUUAUUGCGCUACAAAGACUGCUCUCUGUCAGCACGAUUUCUCAACGAUUUGCCGUGUUUGUCAGACAUUUAAGGAACAUUUGUGUAUCCUCAAAGUAUACACAGAAAUCUCAGCACAAGAUGAUCACAAUAACCAUCAGAUGUUGGAGCUACAAAAGCAAUGCUACUGGGUUAUUAAAAAAAUUAAAUGUGAAUUCUAAACAAUAACAUGUAAAUAAAUCACAUGUCCACAUGCUAAUAGAAAAACACAACAACCUAUCACCACACUUUAUACAGUAUGGGCUGAAUAGUCAAAGCAGUACUCCAUGGUGUUUGUUUGUGCUGCUCACCAGAAUGACAGAUUAAUAAUGGUACUUUUGUCAAGGGAGCCAUAAACAACACCAGUCAAAAAAUGAAAAAUAAAAAUAGUGAGUGAUGUGACACCCUAAAGGUAAAUAUAAACUGCUGAUUUUAUUGUUGUCCCAUGAAGCGUUGGAGUUUUCCCAGGCAGCUGAUUUAGAGAGGAGUGGUAGAAGAAGUGCUCAGACUUUUUACUUAAGUAAAACUAGCGAUGGCACAGUGUUAAAAUACUGUUACAAGUAUAAGUCAUACAUUCAAAAUCUUGCAUUUGUAAGUAUAAGCAUCACAAUAUUAACAUGUUAUAGUACUGAUUCUGCAGAAUGACCCAUUUUAGAAUAAUGUAUUACCAGAUUUUAAUUAUCGAUGCAUUCAUGUGCAUCACUGAUGUCGCAGUUGAUAAAGGUGAGGCUUAUUCAAAUUACUUUAUAAACUAUGGGGUACCUACAUUUAUUAUGAUACACCAUAGCUGAUUCAUAUUUUGUAUUAACAGUCUGAAUCUGAAAAUUAAUGUCAAAUAAAUAAAGUGGAAAAAA